GCUCCAAAACACAUAAACAUAUUUUGCAUUAAUCUCUAAACUUAUUUCGUCAAAAUUGAAAAUGGAAAAAAAUACGUCAUCAUUGUUGCCAUAUAUAUUGGACCUGCUUAGUCGCCAGCCGGAUUUGUGCACGACUGUUGACAACUUGGUCGAUCAGAUUAAGGAUAUCGUCCUAAAUGAGCACGUUAGUCCCUUCGGCACGCUCAAGCGUGCUGUGGAAUUUGCUCUGGAGGUGGGCAUGAAUCUAGGAAUACUGUCAUUGAGCGAUCAGCGUGUCCGUGUGCCAUUUAAUUUUAGGAGCAAGAAGGCCAAGACCUGCAUGCAAAGUAAUCAUGUCAAGCGGAUACCGCCGGAAAUAGGAAAGAAAACCAUAAGGCGCCUUGAAUUGGCAAAUAAACCUUCCCAGAAUCGAGUGCCUUCAAAGCGUAGUUCGCGCACUUCCGUUCGCCAGGCGGCCACGAAACGUAUCCGGCCGACAAAGUUAAAGCGUCCUGCAAAGCGACGUCCAGAGGUGCGGAGACUAAAUCGAAAGCGACUUAAACGUCCCAGGGCCACAUUGGGGGCUUUAAAGCAUGGAAAGAAAACGAAAACAGCCGCCAAGCGUUUCACCCGUAAGGUUGCAACCAAAAGGGCACGAGGGUCAGCACGUCGAGCAAUGAUCAGAGCUGCCGCCAUCCGUCGCAGGGCUAGAGCUGGAAAGCCGAGACCACGUAGAAUGAUGCGGGGACCCCUGAGGCGCAACACCGUUAAACGCGGUGUCUCGGGGAUUUUGCGGGAUCGCUUGGCUAGAUUACGUUUGCGCAAAUUAAGAAAAUAACGGAAAGCAAAAGCGAAAAGUGGCUCACGCACUUGUGCCAGGGGCAUUGAACCAACCUGGGCGGGGAAGUGGGUCAAUAUGGCGGUUUGGGCAACAGCAAUCAUGUAUUUUGUUUGACGCUAAAAAGGUUCAAUGAAAACGGCACACACUUGGACUAAUUACACCUGAGCAUUGGAUCUGCGUAGUUUUUGCUUUGUUAGGUACUUUUACAAGUAGAGGCAAAUGUUGCAUGGCAAUUGUGCAUGAAUUAUUCAAAAAGGCUCGCUUCUCGAUAUUCGAAUUCUCGACUCUGGCGUCGUAGCAUGAACAAAAUCGCUCGCCAUUGAGUCGAAUUAGUAUUGGCAAAAAUGUUUAUGCAUUUCGACUUGGCGAGCUUGGCGACUGUCAAUGAACACAGUCCCCCCCAAACCGAGUCCAUAAAAAGAGUUGGAAAUGUGCGCGACGUGUUCAGUGUGUGUUUCGGAACAAGUCGAGGCGAUACGCGCUCAACAAGGAUACAGGAGACUACACCAACACGAUCAGUCCGCAGAUAUCGAAACGAAUCAAGUGUGAACAAAGGAUACAGCCAAUCGACCAGCAUAAACUAAUUAAAAAAGUGAAGUGAGUGCCUGAACCAAAUCGCCAAAAUACAACAAUCGCCCAAGACAACAGUUGAGCUGUGCCAUUUUUUUCAAAUAUACAUAUAUACACAUAUAACUAAUUAUACGAUAUGUGUGUCAAGUGCAAUAAAUCAGCACCAUUUCCAUCAAGCAACAUUAAAGCAACGGCAGUGCUUAAGUGGCGUGUUUA